AUUCCUCACAUCGCCGAAGGGACCCUCAAGGAGAAUGUUCUGUUUGGCCAACCUUUCGACCAAGUUCGCUAUGACGACGCCUUGCGCGCCGCCUCAUUGGGAGAAGAUCUUAAAGUGCUGCCAGGUGGAGACCAGGUCCCCAUCGGUGCCCGUGGCAUCUCCCUGUCGGGUGGCCAGAAGGCACGCGUCUCAAUGGCUCGAGCUGGUUACCACUUGAGUUCCAAGUUGGUGUUGAUGGACGAUCCCUUCGCCUCAGUGGAUGCGCCAACAGCUCGCGUGAUCAUGGACAAGCUCUUACUCGGUCCCUUGAUGACUGGCCGCACUUGCAUUGUGACCACGCAGCCGGACUCCGAGCGGCUGCAGAAGUUUCAGCGUGUGGUUCUGAUGUCCGAGGGAAAGGUGAUCCUGCAGGGGACGCCUGAUGUGGUUCUGACCAGCGAGGCUUACCAGAAGUUGUUGAGCAGCAAAGAGGGCGAAAGCUUUGCCGAUGCGGAGGACACCCAAUUCGCCAAGACUCCAGCGGCCAACUGGCGAAAGGAGCCACAGUCCGCCGAGUCUCUGCGCGAAGACGAGUUCGAGGGCCGUCCAUCGGUGCAGCCCUCGGUUAAGCCCAAUCCUAGCAGCAUCAACCAGAUCCCCAGACCGCAGUGUGUACGGCUCAAGGGUCAGGUGGGAAUGAAAGACAAAGUCUACUUUUUGGUCUCUACGAGUCCAACACAUUCGAGACAGCUGGUGUUCCAAACGGUCUUCCCAGCUUUGAUUCGGGCCAUCUGCACCUAUGAGCCACCCUAUGAACUGGCCCUUGACGGGGCCCAUGUGAUCUUAGCCGCGCGCCGUUUAGAGAAGCUGCAAGCGAUUCAGCACACCAUCGAAGCAGGACAUGGUUUGGCCAGCACUGUCGCGCUUGAUGUGCUGGAUUUUGAGUCCGUGAGGCGAGUUCUACAGGAAAUUGUUGCCACACACGGACGUUUAGACGGAGCCUUCAACAACGCUGGGGGUGCAGGUCAGAGUGGCACACUGUUAGAGUUGGAGACAGCUGAGUUCAAGCGAAUCUUUGAGCUGAAUUUCUAUGGGACCUACCACUGUAUGAAGGCAGAGCUGGAGAUCAUGACCCAACAGAAAUUUGGAUCCAUUGCGGCUCAGGUCAAUAACUUGUCCAUGUUUGCCAAGCUCAUCAUGCCCCUACAAGCUGCCUACUGUGCCUCCAAACAUGCCCUGCUGGCACUGCAAAACUCCGCCGCGGCGGAAGCGGCUGCAUCUGGGGUCAGGGUCAACUCGGUGAGCCCGGGCUUUUGCCGGCCGAGCGAGUCGUUGGACGGAUACUUGCAGCAACAUCCAGACGUGGAAUCGACCUUGGCCUCGCCCUUGGUUCACCCCAGUGGUGCUAUCGUCCACGCCAGCGAUGUUUAUGCCUCCGUAGCGCUGCUUUUGGAUGGGAAGACGUCAGGUGCAAUGACUGGGGCCGAUCUCCCAGUGACUGGUGGCCAUGGCAUCCCACUCCUCUCUCUGGGAUGA